AUGGCUGAUAGACUCACUCAACUCCAAGAUGCAGUCACGCAAGUAAAAAUUUGCAAUCUUCCUUAUGCUAUUGGUAUACAGUUAAUGUUAAAGUAUAUUUUUUAACUAUCAGCCAACUUUUUUGUCAAUUAUUGAAAUUAUUGAUUUUUAUUUUCACUUUGAAGUUGGUAGACUUAAAAGUUUUUGACUUGAAACUUUAAGAAAAAAGUCUAAGUUUACUAAGAAAGCCUCGUCUUGUUUUUGUGAAGUUGUUUAAACUUUGAAUUUGAACAAUCAAUCAUUUUCAAAGUCAAGGCAUUCAAGUUUAAAUUUAAUGUAUGAUUAUUUGGCUGCCUGGGCCUAAUGCCUAAUGAUUAUCAAUGAAAUAGUUUGGCUUAUGACUUAUGUCACGUAACCCACUCUCAGACUCUGGCCUACGUAACCCACUCUCAGGUCUCAGACUCUGCCUACGUAUCCUAUGAUUCACUAUUGGCCUUGGGUCCAUGGCCAUGCUUUAACUUUAUGCCUACUUGCAUUCAAUCACUGUUACUGUUUUAAAGUGUAUAAAGUAUUAUAACUUACUCUGACUGUAACUUACUGUUAUACACUUCUGUAGGACAGUGUGAAUAACUUACAGGCCUGGUAGACAUCUGAAUCUGACAUGUAGUUUGUAGGGGUGUGCCGGAUCCGUUUUUUCCAACCGGAUCCGGAUCCGGAUUUUCUUAUGCGAAAUCCGCCGGAUCCGGAUUCCGGUUUCUCCCGGAUUCCGGAUUUUGGUACUAUUGGUAGAUACUUCGGUAAGUCAAGGUGGACUACUACUUUUUGUGUAUGGGAAUUCGCAAUCGGCGCCAAAAAAUCCGAGUUUUUAAUUUUCCGAUGUGUGUGUCUAUUUAUUAUUAAAUUAGUACUUUCGAUAUAUAUUUGAGUUCCGUUCCAUUUGGAUAAGUGUCUUACGAGAGACGCCAUGUUUCUACGCGUUCGCAGCAGGUUAUGCAGCUCGCUCAACCUAAUUUCGCCAUGGGGUUGGCCACGCCCCCCUUUUUAAUGGCGGAAGUUGACGAUACUUAGGAAAUAUUAAUUUAUUAUCACUAUUUACAUCAAAAUAAUUGAUAACUUGUGUUUCAGAAUGCAUUUAAAGACAUUUAAACUGGAAUGUUUUAAUUUGAGCUUUAACAACCCGGUAGAAUCCAUAUUAUAAAUGAUCAGAAUUUACCGUGUGCAACACGUUGUCAUUGGCAACCAUUCACAGCCACUUGCAUAACUGUAUCGUAGUACUACCUCAGAGUUUCAUUCAUAAGAGUUUGCCGUGUGCAAAAACUAUUAAACCAUUGGUCAGGGAAAGCUUUAAUUAAUUAUUCAUGUGCCAAAGUUGAAAGUUUAAACUAAGUCUAAACAGUAUUUUAGUGAUAAGGCAGGGAAUGCGUUGCCUUAUAUAAACUAUAUAGUCAUUGCGCAUGACGGGAUUGGUGGAAUGAGAUCACAGAAUGUGGAGAUGCAGUCCAUGUUAAAAAAUGACAAACCAAGUCGUACUUUAAAAAUUCAUAACUUUAAAACUACAACAGCUAAAAAUAUGAUUUUGGUGUUAUAAUUCUUUAAAAAAUUACAUCUUUUCAACUAUGCCAUUGGUUUAUUUUUACAAAAAGUUUAAAUUUUCUUAUCAAAGUCCCUACACUAUUGGCCACUAUUAGCGGUGCUGACUCUAGCCUCUGGUAUGUACGGAAUAUUAAACAUUAAACAAGCUCAACGCUCGAAACAAUCGAUUAAUGUAUCGUGAUCGUGUGAAAUUCGGGAAAGAGAAUUACUUUUAUUUCAGAUUAUGAUCCGGUGAGUCACAAAAUCUGGCAAAUUCUGAAAUCCGGUAUAUUCCGGAAUCCGGUUGUUCCGGAUACAUGUAAAUCCGGCGGAACCGGAUUUCACCGGAUAGUGCAAAAUCCGGCGGAACCGGAUUCCGGACCGGGGUCCGGCACACCCCUAGUAGUUUGGUCCUCUCUGGGUUUGAGUUUGAGUUUGCUCUAAGUUCUAGAACCUCUAGCCGGUACAUUUUGAGGUAACGAUAUGAGUUUUGCCAAGACUUUUCUCACUCUAAGCACAGUGAUGUCACAUUGGGGAAUCCCCCUCCCCAAACCCUCCCCUCGCUUUAAAUACCAAAAUAAGAAACAUAGAAAUUCUUUGGGGAGGGGUCUUAAACAAAAAAUUUAAAAUAAGAAAACAAUAACUUGCAUUAUGUAAAUACAAACAUUGAAAUCUUUUUAGUAUGCCACUAGACGGAAAUGGACCUGGGGGAACCUCCGUGACUUAUAUACAGUGGAGCACAUCGUCGGCCUUACCACUAACUCAAAACCAGUUUAAGUAGAUCAGUUCAAUCUGGCCUUAACUGAUCCUGUUUUGGUAAUCCUGUGAUUCCCCACUAAUAAUGUAUCAUAUGUAUAGAUUACCGGUACUUCAAACCUCAAAUGUUCCUACAUGAUUGUUGUUUACUAAAAUAAAUAUAAUAAUGAUGUAAAGUAAGGCCUAGUGAGCCUUAAAUUGAAAUUUACCUCCCAUGGAUACCAAAUUACUGCCCCUGUCUGUGACCUGUGUCAGAAACAUUUCUCUAGAACAGUGGUUCUUAACCAGGGGUAAAAAUCGUGUUUGCUGCCAUUUCUAAUUGUUGCUACCUUUUUUAAAAAAAUAGUUUUCAUUCAUUUUGAUUAGCUAUUAGCAGCAGCAAAUAUUUUUAUGGUAAAUUUUGUUUGAAUUUUACUUGUAUUGGUAAUUUCCUUGUUUAUAGAAAGUUAAUUAAAAAAUAAAACUACGAUAACUAAAUUAUUUAAUUAUUUUCAUAUUUUAUUUUAUUACAUUAUAAUUUAUACGGUUGGGGGUGGGAAUUGUUUAAACUGGAGUGUGACUGCAGUACAGCAAAAAUGUUAAGAAUCACUGCCCUAGAGCAUUUACUAAGGUAACACAAACCCCUCCUGGUCAUCCAUUUUUUUCUCGUUCCAUCCCACUUCACGUGGUAGUCCUAAUUCUAUGACUCCCGUCUCCACACUUUGACAUAUAUUGUAUUGACUGUUAAUAUCACUACACGCAUUGUCUUUUCCUCUGUGGCGGCCUGUAACUUGAUCAGAGGUCAUUUUUCGGACCUCACAUCUCUGUACUGAUUCUCUAAGUGAUUGUAGCUUAAAAAUAAAAUAAUUAUGAUUGUCGUAGAAGAGAAUAAUGUUAAAAUGUCUAUUUUCUGCUUAUCAUUUCACGUCACAUUGAUUAAGGACCCCCCCAUCAUCACAAAAAUGGGGGGGGGGGGGAGAGAACGGCAACAACACACACACUCUCACUCACUCGCUGACUUCGUAGAAGAGAAUAAUGUUAAAAUGUCUGUUUUCUGCUUAUCAUUUCACGUCACAUUGAUUAAGGACCCCCCCAUCAUCACAAAAAUGGGGGGGGGGGAGAGAACGGCAACAACACACACACUCUCACUCACUCGCUGACUCUCACACUCACUCACUCCCUCUCUUAGAUGUUUGACAUCAUUUCUGGAUGGCUCCAUACUAGUAUCAACAUAAAUCAAAUUUUUUACAUUUUACAGCAAACUGAACAUUUCUACAACAGCAUUGGAAUACUUCAGCAGUGUGCUCCUAGUAGCCCAUUUCCAGGAUUUGAAAAGCCAGGGUGCAAACCUUCAUCUCCACCUCCUCAAGAAGGUAUUCUUAAAUAACAAAUUUAUAUUUACCAGUACCAGUAACUUAAAAUAUAUUUAUAAUCACAGUUAAUUCUAAUAUGAGAAUACAGAUGCUGAUGUUUUCUAUAUGUAUCUAGAUAGUUUUGUACUACACAGGUGCUUAUAAUAGAUUUCUUUUUCUCAAAAUAUGGAUACUGCUACCCACAUAUUGGUGACUAUUAUUCAAAAUUAAUUUUUGAGGAUAGAAAUUAAAACAAAUCAAUUUUGUAAUAUGUAUUCACAAAACUAUUAUUGUAUUAUCGGCAUUAUUUUUUUAAAAUUUAAUUUAUAUUAUUGUUACAAGUCAAUGUAAAUCAGCAACUUUAAUGUGGCCAAGUUAUCAUUGUAGUUUGCCAAGUCGAUCUUUUGAUUUUUCCAUAGAGAAGUUUUCAUACCUAGGGCAAAGCUUUAAAUUGAUAGACACUUUAAUUUGUAAAAUCUGAUAUGAAAUAAAAUUCAGUAUCUGGUAUUGGUAGUAUGAUUAUGCAACCAUAAAUUCAUAAUUGAUUAAAAGUUAAUAUUAUUAUUAACUGCUGCAUUCAGGUACUGGCAUUGACUGCAUAUGUUGGAAUCUUUGAAACUGUUAUAUGAUUAGUUUUUUGUGUGUUCUCUUUAGAUUAUGCUGCUUUAUUUGCAAAGCUUAUCACAAGAACAGCUAAAGAUAUUGAUGUUCUCAUUGACAACCUUCCAAGUGAAGAUUCUUCCACAGAAUUACAAGUGAGCUUUUGAUUAUUAAAAUUCUAUAUGAACUCAUUUUAAUUUUUAAAAUUUAAAUAUUCUUAGAAAACCUAGCUAAAUGAAUCUAGGAAUGUGGUUCACAUUUUAUACCUACUCCUAAUUUCAUUGGCAGUUGAGAUGUCUUACUCUUGUCAAUUUGUAUGAGUUUAGAAAUAAUAUUACAAUUCUUUCAAUUUUUUUUGUAAAGGUUGCCAGUUUACAGAGGUUGGAGAUAGAAAAUCAAGAAGAAGCAGAAAAACUGGAAGACAUCGUUGCUAAGGGGGAACAACUGCUUAAAAAAAUCCAAAAAGCCCUUGAAGACAUAGCAGCUUCUCAGUUGCAUAGUCAAGGAUUGGAGAGCAACUUUAGUUCUUCAAGGAUAUGACCCACCCAAUGAACUACAGCUUGUAGUGUGUAACUUCAAUCCAACAUACUUGAGGGUCUACUACUUCUAUAGCUAUUCAUUACUGCCUGAGUUAGUAAUGCCUUCAAGGAAAAAGCAUAUCAGGUGUUUUGCAGCUAUUGAAUAUUAUAACUUCAAUCCAAACACACAUGAAGUUUGAUAGUCUACUAAUAGUCAUACAUAGCAAUGUAUUGUCAGUCUUUCAAUUCAAAGAGAUAUUGUAUUGAUUGACUUGUUGUCAAACAUUAUACAUUUCCAAAUUUAAAAAAAAAUUGGUGAGCCUUACUUCACUAAUGGCCUGAUCAUAUAAUGAAUGGGAUCACGGUCAAUGGAUAUCUUUAUUUUGUUUGCAAUUAACCCUCAGUGCUCACUGGAACUGUUUUCAAAUGACAGAUAAAGUCAGUUAUAACUAACUAUAAUUUCAUAUUAUUGUGUAGUUCUUGUCAUACUUGCUAUUGUUGAUAUUUACCUUGAGCUCUGGUUAAUGUAAGGAUGACUUGCAAUAUGACAGUACUGAGAUCUUCAAUAGCAUGUGCCACUACUGCUACUCAUAUUGAGCAUUAUAAUUAUAUUAGGUUACAAUUACAAUUUAAUUAUUUUAUUUUAAAUUUUAAUAAUUUUUUAUGACAGAAUGUUUAGAAAAUCAUUUGGUGGAGCAAUAAAUGUUUUAAAAAA